CUGAUGUUAAAGCACUCGAUGAAAAAGGGUUCAGGAAAAUGACGCUGGUGGCGUUUCCAACAUGCAUCUAAUGCAUUUCAAAGCAGUUGUGCACUGCAACAUGCAUGAUGACAAUGUUGUGUACAAAAGUGAUACCAAUCACUUUUUCUAUUUGGAUUUUGGAUCAUCGUCUAUUCACAACUUGAGGAAAAGUAAGCAUACAGAAGACAAAAACUACCUUGAUUACGAAGACAACUUUCUUACAUCAUGCUGAC